AUGCUGCCUGGUGACAGCUUUGUGGAGCCACUGAGCAGGAAGACAGUCCGGCUUCAGGGGGCUUCACGACAGGAGGGCCAGACCGUGCCCCAAAUGGGAGGGUCACAGGCCCUGCUGGAUGCCAACGUGCUGGUGGCCCAGAGGCGAGUGAUUACAGUGCUCCGGAGGACCCAGGAGAGGCCAGAGUCGAGGGUACAGGGGCUUCUGGAGGCUGCCAUCGAGGACAUGAGACAGGCGCUGGCCUUGAGCCUGCACCACAUCCUGCAGCAGGCCUGGAGGCUGCAGAGGCAGCGGGAGGCAGCAGAGAGCAUCGUGGUCAGCGGCGGCAGGAUUGGGAUGAUGUGCUAUCCUGGGACGGCCCUGAGGGUCCCGGUCCUGUAUGGGAUGGAGAUCCCAGACCCCGAGGGCUCAGGGCUCCUGGUUCCUGUCCUGGGCAUGGAGAGUGACAGGAAUUCUGGUGCCGCCGCUCCCCUGGCAGGUUCAAUGGAAGAUGCUGAUGGCAAAGGUCUGGUCCCAAUUGCAAUUGGGGCUCAAGCCAUAGACCCAUUGACGGGGGAAGCUGGGCCUGUCAUUGGUGCUCAAACGGAUCCCUCUGCCGGGGUGGUGGUGCCCGUUGUCCAGGUGCUGGAGGCCUUACCUCGGGAAGUGAGGGACCCUGGUCUGCUAGACACCCUGGAGAAGGAGCUGAGAGCCCGGGAGCAGCACUGGCGCCGCCAGGAACACGAGGAGGCGCGGCUGGCGGAGCACCUGGCGGCCCUGAGCCGGGCGCUGCUCUCCGCUCCAGGGAAAGACCCAGGGCAGCAGUUGUCCCUCCGUGGCUCUGCAGGAUGGAGGGGGGAGGCGGCACUGGUCCAGCCCAGAGCUCCCGCCUCCCCUCCCUGGCCCACCGCUCUGGGCUUCCCAUCCCCGCAGCUGAAGGCGGCUGAGGGGGCCUGCGCGGCACUGGAGGCCUCCUGCCUGCGGGAGACCCAGAGGCGAGCCAGAGCCCUGAGCAGACACAGCGGCCGGGAGUGGGGCCUGCUCUCUCAAGCAGACAGAGAAGAGUGGGAACGGGAGACGCAGGUGACGCUGGGCAUGCAGAAAGUCCUGCAGAGUUUGGGACAGGCAGCCGAAAAGCUCAGGCAGGCAGCUGGCCGGCUGCGGGGCCAGGAGCAGGAGAUGCGGCUCCAGCAGAGGAAAAAUCAGAGUCCACAGAUCUGGAACCGCCCCAGGCAGGUGCUUCAGCAUCUCUCCACUGAGUUCCAGGAGGCAGUGAGGGAGAGACAGAGCUUCCUGGACAGGGCCCUCGGGCAGCUGCAGUACCAACGGGAGCUGAGCCGCCUCCAGCUCUUGCACACCCAGAUUGUUGCUUCAGGAACCCCUGUGUGUUUGGAGAAUUACCCUGGAGACAGAUUCUAUGGAACAACCACCACUUCUCCCAGGCCCCAGGCUGCUGCCUGCCCACAGUUGAUCCCCUUUCUGAAGAGCCUCACUACAGCGCUGGUGGGAGCGCAAGGCGGCAGGCUAGGACUGGAGGAUGAGGGGCCAGGAACAGAUGCAGAUAAAGUUGACAUCAAGUGGACCUCACCACUCUUCUCCACCCUGAAGAAAGUAGACAUCAGGUCCCAAGUCCACAAGGAUGGAGCUGAACUUCAAGGACAAGUGCAUCACAAGCCAGCCCCAAAAAGCUCUUUGCAGGAUCUACCAAAACCUCAGAUAAUGCAGAAGGAAGAGCUGGUAACUGUGCAAUCCACAGACCUUUCUGCCAGGGAGUUUGUGGUCUACCAGCACGGCCUCUCCAUCCUGCACCUCCUCAUCCCCCAGCUUCACGCUCCAGAGAUCACCCUGCAGAUUGCUUCCCGUCUUCCUGCCAUGGAAGCUUCAGACAAUGCCUUCCAGGGUUCCUUCUUCUAUCAGAGUGCUGAAAACACACUGUUUGUUGGGAGAGAAUGUUUGGCAUCGGUGGGAGGCUUUGUUCUGCUGUUGAUCCACUGCCUGGCCCACAUUGCUGCCCAGGACCUCCACCAGGACUCCAACCCCGCCUUCCUGAGGUCCUUUUACAAGGGGUUGAAGGCUUAUUUCAGGGAAGCAUUCUCCAUCACACUGCAAAUGUCAGCAGCUUCCCGGGACAGUCAGCUUGACCAAAGCCUAAGUGCUAUUCUGCUGGACGAGCAGCCCACCUCCGAAACAGGAAGGGAUCUUCUCUCUAAACUCAUUGAAGGGAAGCACCAGUCUCUCCUGGAGCCAGAGUCAUCAGAAGAGUAUAUUAAGAAAAAUAAAGACCGCCUCCUCUUCACCAAUAUGGAACAUUUCCUGAAAAACAUCCUCGAUGCAGAAAAACCAAGAGAUCAGCUUGGGGGUGAAGAUAAGUUGAACACAUCAGCAGAACAAAGGAUUGGAAAUUGA